AGCGCUCAGGCUUCAUCAUUCGGCCAGUAGCAGGGUACCUCUCCCCCAGAGACUUUCUGGCGGGCCUGGCCUUCAGAGUGUUCCACUGCACUCAGUAUGUCCGUCACAGCUCCGACCCUUUGUACACUCCUGAGCCAGACACGUGCCAUGAACUGCUGGGUCAUGUUCCUCUGCUGGCUGAGCCCAGCUUCGCCCAGUUCUCUCAGGAGAUUGGUUUAGCUUCGCUGGGAGCUUCAGAUGAUGCUGUUCAGAAACUGGCCACAUGUUAUUUCUUCACAGUGGAGUUUGGUCUCUGUAAGCAGGAGGGCAGGCUCAGGGCCUAUGGAGCUGGACUCCUCUCCUCCAUCAGUGAACUCCAGCAUGCUUUGUCUGGCAAGGCCCAUAUCCUUCAGUUUGACCCCGUGGUGACCUGUAACCAGGAGUGCAAAAUAACUACGUUCCAAGACGUUUACUUUGUUUCUGAGAGUUUUGAGGACGCCAAGAACAAAAUGAGGGAAUUUGCUAAGACCAUUUGGCGUCCAUUCACAGUACGCUACGACCCCUAUACCCAGAGUGUGGACGUCCUGAAGGACACCAACAGCAUCAACAGCAUGGUGAAAGACAUCCGACAUGAGCUGGACAUUGUAGAAGACGCCCUAAACCGACUCCACAAACAUCUGAAGGACUGAGGAGGGGUCAGAAAACACUAUAUGGAGUUUAAUCAAGUUAUAAUUAAACAGUACUUGUUGCCUCAUGAU